CUUAUAGCAAGAUGCCGCAACGUGACCGGACUUGUUGCAAUGAGUGCAGCGGGUGGCGAGGGACAGAACGGUGGAAAUCUUCGAGUUCGACGUCGUGUCGAGGUUCUCGAUCUUGAUAUUCCCUAUGAUGCUGUUCUUGACAUCGACUGGGUUCAGAGAAGCGAUAGGAUGAUUGGCCAGGUAAGAGGUAACAAAACCUCUGCUGGAAGCGGGCAAGGCAGCAAGCAUGAGAGUUGCAAAGAGGUAGUCGGGAAUCUCAAUUCCUCCUUCUGAACACUGGCGACGACAAGUCUCCAUUUCCAUGAUUUGUUUUUCAAUGAUGUCACCACCGUGGAAGGUGGUGGUGUCCAGGAGGCGGUACUCGACAAAAGCAUCGAUGGCAUUUGGUUGGCCAUAAUCCGUCGCCAUUUUCACAAAAACCUCGCGCGCAGUGCGCUCCCGUUGACCGUCCAUAAAGAUUCCCUUGCGCAGAUUCUGGGUGAUAUAAACCCGCGCAAGACCCAGUGCCUUUUCAUUGGCAAUGUCCCAACGCUGCUGACUUUCAUUGGCAGUGGUGGGUUGUCCUAGAGCCC